UGGGUGACGAUACGCGCGCGUGCUACGCGCGCCCGGACCCGAGGACAGCAUGAGUCACCUGAGUGCGAUGUACGCGACCAAACGGCGCCGCCGGAAUUCCAAAAGCGUACGAGUGGCGCCGAAGGAAGGCCCCAACGGUCAGCCGGUCAAGUCCAACCCCAGCAAGCGACACCGGGAGCGCCUGAACGCCGAGCUGGACACGCUGGCCAGCCUGUUGCCUUUCGACCAGAACGUGCUCUCCAAACUGGACAAGCUGUCCAUACUGAGGCUCAGCGUCUCCUACCUGCGCACCAAGAGCUACUUCCAAGCGUCCUUACACCGCAACAUGGAGAGGCACGACGGCCACCAGCACAAGAGCAGGGAGCUGCUGUACAUCGAGUCACUCGUCGAAGGAGAUCUCAUUCUGCAGGCGCUCAACGGCUUCCUGCUCAUACUCACCUGCGACGGAGAAGUUUUCUACGCAUCUCAUACGGUCGAAACGUACCUGGGCUUUCAUCAGUCAGACAUCUGCCACCAGAGCGUGUACGAGCUGGUGCACUCGGAGGACCGCGAGGAACUGCAGAGGUUCCUGCUGUGGAACUCGCAGCUGCCUUCCGACCGCAGCGCCAUAUCGCUCCAGGAGGCCCUCUUACCCGAGAAUGCGCAGUACCUGGAUAGGAAUUUCACCGUGCGUUUUCGUUGCCUGCUGGACAACACCUCCGGUUUCUUGCGGCUGGACAUCCAGGGCAAGAUCCGUGUCCUCCAGGGCCAGAACCACAAGACCGAAGAGCCUCCGCUGGCGCUGUUCGCCGUGUGCACGCCAUUCGGGCCUCCGUCCUUGCUCGAGAUGCCGCAGAAGGAGUCCAUGUUCAAGAGCAAGCACAAGCUCGACCUGGCACUAGUCUCCAUGGACCAAAGGGGCAAACAGCUUCUCGGCUACGCGGACUCGGACUUCAUGAGCCAAGGCGGAUACGACCUGGUUCACUUCGACGAUCUCGCCUACGUGGCCAGCGCGCAUCAAGAACUGCUGAAGACGGGCGCUUCGGGGCUGAUCGCUUAUCGGCUCGCCACGAAGGACGGCAAGUGGCAAUGGCUGCAGACCAGCGCGAGGCUGGUCUACAAGAAUUCCAAGCCGGACUUCAUCCUGUGCACGCACAGACCUCUCAUGGAAGAAGAGGGCCGCGAUUUGCUGGGCAAGCGGACAAUGGACUUCAAGGUCACCUAUUUGGACGCCGGUCUCACGACGUCCAGUAGCUGCUCUUCGACGAGUAGCGAACGAAACAGCGCCGGGGCCAGCAGCAUCGGAGGCGGAGGGGGCGCGAGCAGCGGCACCAACUGCAACGCCAACUCUGCCGGCGACGCCAGCGGAGCGCUGAUGUCCGAGAACGACUUCAUACUGCGCUGCCAGAGGAAUCGACGCUACAAGUCGCAGAUACGCGACCUCCUCAGUCGCGGGAAACGGAGCAAGGGCUCCUCGUCCAGCAAGAACCCCACGCCCCCGCCGCCGCCGACGACGUACAGCAUCGAGGACUACGGCAACAUGUACGCGACCGCGGCGGCGGCGCCGUACGCUGCCGCGGCAGCUGCGGCCGCCGCGGCGGGCGACAGCGGGCUUCCGCCAGGCUACGGCGUGGCCCAGAACCUGUUCCUGGACAACUCGAGGUUCCUGGCACCCGAGAACUUCCUCCACUACCGGCAUCUCAGCGGGUACUACGCGCCCGAGUAUCCCCAGUAUGGCAACGGCUUUCUCGAUCCCGCCACCAGGUAUACACCCUACCAGGAGCAGAAGGACGACAAGCUGUACGCCUGUCAGCUAGACAAGUACAACGGCGUCCAAGCGCCCAAGGCCUCGUGCUGCGACCCUUACGGCGCCGUACUUCCCGACAGCCGGCAACUCGGCUUCGGCAGCCUCUCGGACUGUUUGCUCAGGCCAGCCAAGGCGACCGCCGUGCCGGCGCCCAAGGAAGACAUGACGCGGCAGAGCGUGCUCAUGUGGGGCGCGCCCCCUCCUCCUCCACCCCCACCUCCGCCCCCGCCCCACACGACCCCGCACCCGGUGUCUGGAGCAUCGGCGGCGGACCCCGGCUGCAAGUGGGGCGGCCUGGCGUCAGCGCCCAAGACCAGCUCGCCGCACAACAGCUCGAGUCCCGUCGGCGCUCGAGUGGCACCGACGCCGUACGCCGCGGCGCCCACGUACACGCACGAAAUGGUUCCGGAGGGGUGGCAGAUGGAAGCCAUGGCGCCUUGGAGGCCACAUUUGCCUGCACUUGGAUAGAAAACCAAGAUGGACUUCAUCAAAAGAAGUGAACGAGACCAGUGCGGUGCUCCAAUACAGGCCGUGACAUCACCGAAGGAAACUAGACGGAGCCUCCCAGAGCUGCCAGCUUUAUCACAGAAGCCUUGCCAAGGAGGAAGUGGCAACUGAACUCUUUAACAUCGAACUGAAUGACUGAAUGUGCGCGAGUGCAUAUAGCUGGACAGACCUCCAAAGAAAGGACGCAAAGGGACUCAUGACCGGUGUUUUCAACCAUUACGAACUGGACUGCAUCAUCAUCAUGUGUGUGUGUGCUUGUGAAUGUGACUUUUCGUCGUCAUCUUAGUUUUGUGUGCUUUGCUUUCAAUUGCGGACUAGCUGAGGGCAGAAAAGAACGAGCUGAAAUGUUGAAAACUUGUUCCAGACUGCAACUGUGAGUGGCAUCCCCGUGACCUUCACCACACCGCUCCAUCAUCUGCAACUGUAACAUAUUGUAAGAAUUGGAGACAAACUAGUACUGCAUGCUAGAUGCAAUGCCAAAUUUCAGUUUCACAGUUAGACUGCUAGUCUGUCCCUCAGUACGGCUGCAAAAAAAAAAAAAAGAUUUCUGUGACUGUUUCAAAGGGGAAAUGAUGUUGGUGAAAAAGAAAAGAAAAACUGAAUUAUGAAUGGCAAAAUUGCACAAAAAACUGUGAUGAUGUAAAACAGUGAUGUACUCUUGUGAUCUUCACGUUAUACCAUUUGUGGCAUAUUAUAAUUAUCUCGCAAUGUCAGAGGUCAAUAUCAUUUGGCCAUUUCUGUUGCACUACUCUUAAUGUUCAGUGGCAUUCAAUGACAUUCAGAAAACAGAAGAAAACUUCACAAUGUUCUAACACUGAGUUGAGGCAAGUGUUACGUCAGGUACUUUCGUUUUAUGUGCAUUAAGAGCGGAAGCAGCCCAACUGUUGCUGCAGUUACCAAUGCAUUCCCUGUCACUGAAUAUCUCAAGGUGUGUGAACGCUUGUUCUUGAGUUCACUGAGGUUGGCGUAUCACAUACCACUGGUAUAUUACAGAUAAGGGAUAACACAGCCUUCAGGCAAGUAGCAAUCUGCUACUUGCCUGAAGCAGAUUCCAGAAGCAAUCUGCUACUUGCCUGAAGCAGAUUGCCAGAAGCAGAUUUAGCAUAGUGGAGAAACAAAAGAGUGAACACCAACACACACACACACAACAAAAAAGGAAACAGAUGAAUGAAGCAAACAAUGGUACUCAUGACAUCUAGUGACAUUAUGUUCAAAAAGUGCGCCCAGGACUUCUAGCUACAAUGGCCCUGUUACACUUAUGAACUUAUGUGAAUGGACAUAUGCAAUAACUGAACCAUUACAAAUACUAUAUGUUUGCACCACUGAAGAGAAAAAAAGACACGGAAGACAAGGAUAAUUUUAGCAUUUCAUGUCUGAUAACAGUGCUGAUGUCGGAUGCACUCUCUGGUAUUUUGGCAUGCAUCUAUGCUCGUACGUCUCCACUAUGCUAAAAUUAUUUUAAUAGAACGUACAACGGAGCCUGUAAGAGCGCUAUAUCAAAUGACAUGUCUUUUUUCAACUUUGAAGAACUUUGCAUUGAAUGAAGAUGCAACAAAGAAAAAAGUCACCAGCAGAAACACAGGAUUUCUCACGUUCCAACCGGCCGUUCCAAAAGAAAAGCUCAAGGCAAAGCCAAUGUUUGGCUUGAAACACGAAAGUGUGCACGUGUGAAUAUGAAAGUUCUUCGGUUGUUGCAGGAAGAAAAACGCACAUUUCUAGUUUGUCUCCGUAAAAAUGAAGGCAUUUCCAGCAUCAAUCUUCACAAACACAUUUAUGGGGAUGAUUUCUCUGCACACUCAACAUAGGAUACUUUGCAGCUGGCAAUGCUUUCAUGAGUCCAACAGUGCUGACUUUGCUAUAGUAGUGCACCAGCGUUAAGCCUACUAAAACAAGCCACUAGUGCCAUAAUGUUCUGAACAAUCUAGUGAGAGUCAUAGGCAUAAUACCAAACUUCCAUGUGUGACCUUUGAUUUUGUGCUAUCCAUCUUAUAUUGCAUAUGAGAAAAGAAAGCGCUUUGGCUUUGUGUGCUUUUGCAAUCAGUCGACUAGAAUCACUUCACUGUGUGUAAGAAAACAAAAAACAAAUUACACACAAUCCUAAGAUUUCUAGCUUGUGCUUGCCAAGAAAUUUUCACAAGAAAAAAAAAGGAGAGAGAGAGGAAAGAUUACUAUCUUAUACGGAAGCCUACUGUAGCGUUCCGUAGCAAGCAUUGCUAGGGCGUUGUUCGUAAAAAAAAUAGAAUUUGCAAUUCGUUUUGUUCAUGCGAAUCAUGAAAAAAUAAAGUAGAGAUCAUGUCGAGUGUGAUGCAUAGCCACAAUUUAGUACCACCAGAAACAGCCAAUCGCACGCUAAUGAUGCUAGGUUUACCACACCCCAUUUCAUAAUCGGCAAUUUAGCAAGCAAUAGGUAGUUUUCAGAUUGUACAUGCGAGCAAACACAUAAAAAAAAAUCCUAGGCCAGAGAACCAAUUUCGAUAUGCAAUGCUCCACAACUUGAAACACACACACACACACUAUCAAAUUAUUGUGUACAUGUGAGGGAUGCUUGCAGGGUAUGUCUUACCCAUGUGUAAAGAAACCAUUGCCUGUGUUUGUACAUGCCGCAGUGUGUAUUUAUUUUAAUAUGUACAUAUUAUACAGGUUCACUUCAUUCCUCGUGAAGGCGUGAACAUGCUUGCAUUCCUGCAAAGAAGGAAGA